AAGAAAUGGAAAUAACUCCUGUUACUCCUUCUAUUCAAGCUGAAAAUAAUGAAGCUUCAUCUUCCUCAAACUCUUCGACUGACGUUCUAUACCCUCAAACGAUCCAUUUACAAAGAAUUGACUCAGUUGAAUCUUCAGUUAACGAUAUCAAAUCCAAAACUCUUUCAAUUUUGUUCAUAUUACGCACUCUCACCCAAACUUUUUCUCCUAAUAAUUUAUGA